AUGGCCGACGAAGCCCAACCGGAGCGAGCAGAGCCGCUCCUCUCCGUAGGAGAGGAUGUUAACCAACGCCUGACUUCUCAGGCUGCUGAGAUUAAGCGGCUAACUGAGACGUUGUCUCGGUAUAUGGAUCGUGAAAGUUCAGCUCCUAUCCACUACGACCCAGACGUCGAUUUAGAGCCCAAGGAGCUUGAUAUCAGAGAAGAUGCCGAUUUAUAUGACACUGGCAUCAGUGUUGGCCCUGCCAAGUUUGAUAAGCUGGCCGAAAGGCUUACUAAAGCGGUUACUCUCCCGCCCAAGAAAGAGAGUUUGGAGAAGAUUUCGUCGCGAUAUCUUACCCCCAGCAAUGCCCCUGAAGCUUGUACGCCACGCAUUGUGCCUGAGGUUUGGCAGACUAUUUCGGGCAGAGCUCGGUCUAACGAUGUUCGCCUCCAGAAACUGCAGAACAAUGUUUUGCAGGGACUUCUUCCCUACGGGGAAAUUUUGGAAGAAUUACACGCAGCAACGUCUCAGAAGAGGCCAGUGAACAUUGAACGCAUUAAAGAGUUUUCUCUUGAUGGGCUCACUUUAAGCGGGCAUGCUUCUUAUGAGUUAAGUAUGUAUCGGAGAGCGGAAAUCAAGCCCUAUAUCAACCCCAAAUACAAGGGUUUGUGUAGCCGGAAUACUCCCUUGGAUGAGAAGUUGUUUGGGAAAGAUAUACAGAGUACCCUAAAAAAUGUGGCUGAAGCGUACAAUGUGGGACAAAAGUCUCACAUCAUGGGAAGGCCCCACGUCGCCACACCCAGAGGAAGCAAACCGAUUUUUCCACUCAGCGUCGCCAUGACUUCAAGGGACAACGAUCGUCUCAGUGGAACCGCUCUCGAGCUCCAGCAACGGUGUCUCGUCCACCGCUUUCACCCCCACGCUUUCCAGCGGACCAGAAUCGUCAGAGCUCUUCGAUUCAUAGACAGGCAAAAAAGUAAGUUCUGAACAAAGUGAGAAAGGACAACACACAAUUGGCUAUUCUCAUAGCACCUGUUUGGAAAGCACAAGUCUGGUUUCCAAUACUCCUCGACCUACUAGUAGCACCCCCGAUCCUGCUUCCAGAGGACAGCCUCAUACCCCCACCCUCAACACAAACUCAAACUUCAACUAGCCGCCUGGCUUAUCUCCGCCAACAAUGGAAUUCAACAGGAAUUUCGGAACAAGCUGCCGAACUCAUUGAAUUCUCUUGGCGACCAGGAACAAAUAAACAAUAUGAAUCUGCAUGGCAGAUAUGGCGUAGUUGGUGUACUGAACGGUCGACUAAUAUGCACAACCCGUCUAUAGACAGCAUUGUUAAUUUCCUUGCAUAUCAACAUUCCUUAGGGAAAACAUAUUCAACCCUUAACGCUUAUCGUUCUGCACUUUCGUCUAUUUUAACGGCAAUCGAUGGUUUUCCUAUUGGCAAACAUCCACUAGUUGUUCGUUUAUUAAAAGGGGUAUUUAAUAAAGAUCCCCCUAGACCAAAGUAUAAUCAUACUUGGAAUGUGUCUACCGUGUUAGAUUAUCUUUCUUCGCUCCCAGAUAAUGUUAACCUGUCCUUACUAAGUUUGAGUCAAAAGUUACUAGCCUUAACGGCUCUUGUUUCUGCCCAACGGACACAGACUCUUAUGUAUCUAGAUAUUAGUUCAAUGCAGAUGUCCGAGAACUUUGCAGUAUUUUAUGUCAAAGAAUUACUUAAGACUUCAACACCCCGAAAGGGUAUCAACAAGCAAGUUGUAAAAUUACCAGCGUACCCCGCUAAUCAAAAACUUUGUGUUUUGACUACCCUAAAAGAAUACAUCAAACGUACUGAACCUCUUAGAAAAGUAAACAAAGAGACCAAGCUUUUCAUAUCAUCAAGAAAGCCACAUAAUUAUGUUACUACAUGUACUUUAGCAAGGUGGAUGAAAGCCAUUCUGUCCACAUCUGGCAUAGAUACGAACAUUUUUUCUGCUCAUAGUUUCCGUAGUGCAUCGACAUCAUUAGCUUUGGCUCAAGGUGUUACCCUAAACGAGAUUAUGAAGACAGCUGAUUGGUCUAACACUCGGACAUUUGCCGAAUUUUAUUUAAAAUUCCCAGAUACUAGUAAAUCUUUUGGCGUUACAAUUCUGAACAGUGCUUCAAACAACUAGAUCAUUUUUAUGUAGUUUCCAUUAUACAAACGAGAGUCCUUGUUUGUAAGGAAUUUUAUUGUUUUCCUUUUCGGUGUAUUUAUUUUCGGAGAAGAAACAAAUAAGAAAGAAAGGAAUUGAAGAAGAAAAAUCAGUUUAACGUGUUCUCACAGCAUUGAGACUGCAUGAAAUAAACUUAAACAAAUAA